ACAACCACGCGUGGGCGCAAGAAAGGCUGGAGCUGGGGAGGAGGCUCUCCGGGCGGUCGGCGGUGGGGUUGGAAAUCGGGCGGAGGGCCCAAAGGCCGUCUUUGCGGGUUCAGAGAUGUAUGGGCGGAGCGGACUAGCUUGGAGGUGCCCACAUCAAGGGCCAGGAGCACGAGUUACCUGGGUAGGAUUUGUGGGAACUACCCCGUGACUGUUCGAGAAGAUGCCUUACCUUGGCUCGGAGGACGUGGUAAAGGAGCUGAAGAAGGCUAUGUGUAACCCUCACAUUCAGGCUGAUAGGCUGCGUUACCGGAAUGUCAUCCAGCGAGUGAUUAGGCACAUGACUCAGGGAUUGGACAUGUCCAGUGUUUUCAUGGAAAUGGUGAAGGCCAGUGCCACUGUAGAUAUUGUUCAGAAGAAGUUGGUUUAUUUGUACAUGUGCACAUAUGCCCCCCUGAAACCAGAUCUGGCUCUCCUUGCCAUCAAUACACUGUGCAAAGACUGCUCGGACCCCAACCCAAUGGUCCGAGGGCUGGCACUACGGAGCAUGUGUAGCCUUAGGAUGCCUGGUGUGCAGGAAUAUAUUCAACAGCCUAUUCUCAAUGGUCUACGGGAUAAGGCUUCAUAUGUCAGGAGAGUAGCAGUCCUUGGCUGUGCCAAGAUGCAUAAUCUUCAAGGAGACUCUGAAGUGGAUGGUGCCCUGGUAAAUGAGUUAUACAGUUUGCUGCGUGACCAGGAUCCAAUUGUGGUUGUGAACUGCCUGAGGUCGCUAGAGGAAAUUCUGAAGCAGGAAGGGGGCGUUGUCAUCAAUAAGCCCAUUGCCCAUCAUCUCUUAAAUCGAAUAUCAAAACUGGACCAGUGGGGCCAGGGUGAAGUACUGAACUUUCUGCUACGCUACCAGCCCCGCAGUGAGGAGGAGCUGUUUGACAUUCUCAAUCUGUUGGACAGCUUUCUCAAGAGCAGUAGUCCAGGUGUGGUGAUGGGGGCCACCAAACUCUUUCUGAUCUUGGCCAAAAACUUCCCUCAUGUACAAAAGGAUGUGCUUGUGCGAGUCAAGGGACCUUUGCUUGCUGCCUGUUCCUCAGAGAGCCGCGAGCUCUGUUUUGCUGCCCUUUGCCAUGUGCGCCAGAUCUUGCAUAGUUUGCCAGGUCACUUUAGUAGCCACUACAAGAAGUUUUUUUGCUCCUACUCGGAGCCCCACUACAUCAAGCUGCAGAAGGUGGAGGUGCUGUGUGAGCUGGUGAAUGAUGAGAACGUGCAGCAGGUGCUGGAAGAGCUCCGAGGGUACUGCACUGACGUGUCUGCCGACUUCGCACAGGCCGCCAUCUUUGCCAUAGGUGGCAUUGCCAGGACCUACACAGAUCAGUGUGUGCAGAUUCUAACAGAGUUGCUGGGCCUUCGACAGGAGCAUAUCACUACAGCGGUGGUGCAGACUUUCCGAGACCUGGUUUGGUUGUGCCCUCAGUGUACCGAAGCUGUGUGUCAGGCCCUGCCCGGCUGUGAGGAGAACAUUCAAGAUAGCGAGGGGAAACAGGCACUUAUUUGGCUACUUGGGGUCCACGGGGAAAGAAUUCCCAAUGCUCCUUAUGUGUUGGAGGACUUUGUAGAGAAUGUGAAAUCAGAAACGUUUUCAGCUGUGAAGAUGGAGCUACUCACUGCGCUGCUGCGCCUUUUCCUCUCACGACCUGCUGAAUGCCAGGACAUGCUGGGGCGUUUGUUAUAUUACUGCAUAGAGGAAGAAAAGGAUAUGGCCGUACGGGACCGAGGUCUCUUCUAUUAUCGCCUUCUCUUGGCCGGUAUUGAUGAAGUUAAGCAGAUCCUGUGCAGCCCUAAAUCUGACCCUUCUCUUGGACUUUUGGAGGAUCAGGCAGAAAGACCUGUGAAUAGCUGGGCCUCAGACUUCAACACACUAGUGCCAGUAUAUGGCAAAGCCCGCUGGGCAACCAUCUCUAAACUCCAGCGGACAGAGCGCCAUGGCCCAGAGCUUCCUAACCCUGCCUCCUUUGCUACAUCAGGACCCUUGAUUCCUGAAGAGAACAAGGAGCGGAUACAAGAACUCCCUGACUCUGGAGCCCUGACACUAGUCCCCAAUCACCAGAUCACUGCUGAAUGUUUUGAGAAAACUUGGCUUAGCCUCAAAGUUGCUCAUCAGCAAGUGUUGCCUUGGCAGGGAGCAGUCCAUCCUGACACCCUCCAGAUGGCCCUGCAAGUAGUGAACAUCCAGACCAUCGCAAUGAGCAGGCCCGGGGCGCAGCCGUGGAAAGCCUAUCUCAGUGCUCAGGAUGACAGUGGCUGCCUGUUCUUAACGGAACUACUGCUGGACCGUGAACACGUGGAAAUGCAGGUCUCUGUGAAACAAAAUGAGGCGAGGACUGAGACACUGAGCAGUUUUAUUUCCGUGUUAGAAACUGUGAUCGGAACAAUUGGAGACAUAAAAUAAUAGCAGAUUCUGGCUGCUUGUCCCAAGAUGGAUAGCUGUCAAGAGUUCCUUAAUGUUUCUUAUUAGAGCUGUUUAUAAAUCCAUAUGAUAUCAGAUGCAAAGGAGAACGGGGAAAUCUAGGAAUCAGGAUUCUUAACAUUGUUUUUUUGUUUUUGUUGUACUUUAGAUGCAGAUUUACAGUGCAGAUUAGUUUCUCGUUAAACAAUGCACAUAUCGUAACAUUGGUCGCCACCACCAUGACAUAUCAACACUCUCCCGUCUUGACCUUGGGUUCCCCAUUACCAGCUUUCCUGUUCUGUCCUGUCCUGCCUUCUCAUCCUUGCCCCUGAGCUGGUGUGCCCAUUUAUUCUCAUUUUGUUUUAUGGGCAUGUCUAAUCUUUGGCUGAGGGGUGGAAACCUCAGGAGUGACUUCAGUACUAAGUUAAAAGGGCGUCUGGGGGGCAUACUUUCGGGGUUUCUCCAGUCUGUAUCAGACAGUAAGUCUGGUCUUUUUUUGUGAGUUAGAAUUUUGCACUACAUUUUUCUCCAGCUCUGUUCAGGACCCUCUAUUGUAAUUCCUGUUAGUGGUGGUAGCCAGGCACCAUCUAGUUGUGUUGGACCCAGUCUGCUGGAGGCUGUGGUGGUUGUGGUCCAUUAGACCUUCGGACUUCCCCUGUGUCUUUGGUUUUCUUCAUUCUCUCUUGCUGCAGAUGGGGUGGGACCCAUGGACAUAUCUUAGAUGGCCGCUCACAAGCUUUUAAGACCCGAGGUGCUACUCACCAAAGUAGAAUGUAGAACAUUUUCUUUAUAAACUGUGUUAUGCCACUUGAGCUAGAUGUCCCACAAGACAUGGUCCCCAGCCCUCAGCCCAGUAAUUCAGUUCCUCAGGGAGUUUAGAUGUGUCUAAGAAGCUUCCAUGACCUUGCCUUAGUCAAGUUGUACUGCCAUCUCCAGUGUCGUGUACUGUCUUACCCUUCACCAAAGUUACCACUUAACCUGUUGUCUAGUUAGAGUUUUUUCCUCCUCAUCCGUUCUGUCCCUAGUAACCAUCAAAGAUUGUUUUUCUGUUCAUAAACCUUUUCAUGAGUUUUUAUAAUAGUGGUCUCAUACAGUAUUUGUCCUUUUGUAAUUGACUUAUUUCACUUAGCAUAACGCCCUCCAGAUUCAUCCAUGUUGUGAGGUGUUUCACAGAUUCAUCAUUGUUCUGUAUCAUUGCGUAGUAUUCCAUUGUGUGUAUGUACCAUAGUUUGUUUAUCCAUUCAUCUGUUGAUGGACACCUAGGUUGUUUCCAUCGUUUUGCUAUUGUGAAUAAUGCUGCAGUGAGCAUGGGUGUGCAUAUGUCUAUUCAUAUGAUGGCUUUUAUUUCUCUAGGAUAUAAUCCUAGGAGUGGGAUUGCUGGAUCGUAUAAGGAUUCUUAUGUUUUCUUCUAAAAACUGUUGACUUAUAUCUUUUAUGCCUGUUGGCAAAUGGCCCUACUUUUCCAUGGUUAAUAUUGGUAACGGAUAUUACGGUUUGGGGAUGGGGCGAGAAUAGGAUCUGGAGUUUUUUCUAAUCAAUUUGUGAAUACUGAUUCUCUUACAUAGGGGUCAUUUUUUCUAACCCUGGAUUAUUGAGAUAAACUCUUGACUGUUCUCAUAUUUCCCAUCAUGCUUUUUAGGCCAGAGUCUGAAGUCCUUAGUGUGGCAUCUGAUGUCCUUUAUGAUCUGUGUUCUGCUUACCUCUUCAGUGUCAUGUCUCACCACUACCAAAAGACACCCUCUGUUCCGGCAAAAGCAAACUGCAAUUUCCCGAAUGUAAUAGGCUCUCUCUCACCUCUGCAUUGGCACCUGCUUUUAUUUCUUGCCUAGAACAUUUCCUCACCCCCAUAUCUUUUUUAUGUAAGUAACAGUGCUCAGCUUAGUUAUGAACUCCUUCAGGAAGUUUUGUGUGAUCCUCAUUGCCUUCAUUGGGGGUCUCCUUCAAGCUGUCGAAGCAGCCAAUGCAUAUCUCUAAGUAUUACAAUUACUUAUUACAAUUGUUUGUUGAGAUUGAUUAUUUUCUUGUCUUUCUUCCUCACUUUUAAUUUUAUUUAUACUUGGCCAUAUUUUAUAUAUUAAUUGAGACAACUUAUGGUAAGAACAGAUAAAAUGAUGGUAAACUAUGAAUAAGACGAGAGAAUCCAGAACAGGGAAAAUGAAAAUACCAGUUAAGACCAGCUGCGGUGGAGAUGGGGAGGUACACAAAUGUAUAGGCUGCAAGGGCCUAUGUAGUUGAUAUAGUUGAGCCUCAGAUUUGGCUCUAUGAGAAAGCUGGCAGUUGGAGUGAAGGGAAGCAGAUAAAUGAUUGUUAUUAGAGAUAUAUAGUUGUCAUCAGAGAGGAAGAAACUUUCCAAUUCUAAUUUCUAAAAAAUUGCCAUGUGGUUUCACAUAGUUGGCACUGAGUCAUACGUACAAGAUUGCUGUGGGAACUUAGUAAAGAGUUUCACUUGACUUUCUUACGUUGUUCUUCAAUGAAAGCAGAGAGCAUCGCAAACUUGGGGCUUGAUGAAGGCGUUUCUUCAAGGGCUUGAGAGAACAUGACCUGAGUGUAUAGCCUUCAGCAACCAGCCAAAUUUAAGUACUUCUGCUGUCUAGAUAAAUAGAUGGGCCGCAUAUCCUUUAGAUAUUUUUUCACCCCUCACUUUUCUCAAUGAGGCCAUUAAUAGACAUAAUAACACUGUUGAAUUUUCUGGUAAGGGCCUGGGUUUUGUGAGUUGUUUGUUAAACAGCUUUCCCCCUGCACAAUUUCUAAGGACAGUGAUUGUCUUUGUAUCUUCACAAUGUCUGCCAUGUAGUAAUAAUUACUCACUAAUUUUUUAAGUAUUUAUUGAAUGAAUAAGUAAUUAGCUUAAGUGUACUAUGAAGUAUGUUUUGUUAUAUCAACUCUACAGAAAAUAAUGGAAUUCCAUCUAGACCCAGGUUUCUCAACAGCAGCACUAUUAACAUUUGGGGCCAGAUAAUUCUUUGUUUUGGGGGGUACCCCUGUGCAUUAUAGGAUGAUAAUUGGCAUGGUUGGCCUCUACCCGAUAGAUGCCAGUACAACCCCAAGUCGUAACCGUUAAAAAUGUCUCCAGACAUUGCCAGAGAUUCCCACCAGUUGAGAACCACUGAUUUAUAUCCUACCAUGUAUCCCCAGGAACUAGAUGGGGAGGGUUCAGAACAGCUUCAGAAUUGUUUUUUCCAUAUUUUGACUUGUUCAGUUAAACUGUGGCUAUUUAAUUAGGUACUAAAAGAAAUAGAAGUGUGAAGUGCUGCCAAUUUAAAGUGUUAUAUAAGGGAAUAGGAUGCAGGUGGUAGAAAUUGAGUAAACUGAUUUUUUGAUAUUAAAGACUGCAACUGACAUGAUAACCUAAGGAAAAUUAGGUAUGGCUCAGCAGUCGAAUAAGUGAUGUUACUAAGGUGAUCCCAACUAUUGGAACUAUUAGAAGAUUAAGUUCUAUUUGGUUGCUUUUCUAU